AUGUCAUUCUAUCCACCAGGAUGGGACUACGAGCGCGUCAUGAACGGCAGCAACGAGGACUUCGCCACCCUCACCGAAGACCAACACAUGGCCCUACUCAAUGGCCUUAAAGAAGCAGGCCUGUACCAGGCCUUCGAAGACAAAAUCCACCAACAAGUCAUGGAAAACAUGGAAGCUCAACGCCUCGCUGAAGAAGCCACUAAAACAGACGAGCAGAAGUUCGCUGACCGCGAGAUCUGGGCCCCCUACAUCGACACCCUGAAGAACGUGUUCAAGUUCGAACCAGACUGGUCAGAAUGGGGAUUUGUGAUCUUUCGCGCGGCGGCUUACGGGCCUGAGGCCGAUGCGCAGUGGGCGGAGUUUCGUCGCCGCUGGGACCAGAUCGUUGAGGAGGGGCAUGCGAAUCAGCGCGGGUUUCAUCCCAAGUCAGAUCGGGCGAUUGAGCUGCUGCGGUUUUGGUGGGUAGAGGAUCCAGCGUUGGAGGGAGCGUCGCCAAUUGAGGUUUCUCGACGCUUCGAGGAGAUGUGGAGGGAUCUUCCCAAAGGACUCACUACUAGUGCCUGUCUCAUGGUGACUCCUGAGGCUCUGCAGUCAGUGCUUAACUCACCACUUCCCUCGUCUGCGCCCCUGCGGGAUCGCAAGGAGAUUCCAUAUAUGGUGGCGGUCUCCAGAGUCGCACACUAUCCACCCUUGGAGCUCACCCCUGGCGAGGAAGGCGAAGAUGUCUUCGGUCGUGAUUUCAAAGGUUACUUUAAUGUGGCGGUUGAGAGCCUAUUGCAAGAAUUGUACCCCCUGGUCGCUCUGGAUAUCCAGGACCUUCCUCGACUGACGAUUUACAUGCGACAUGACAAGGAUAUCUGGUGCGGAUCGCGCCGAAGAGGCGUACGCCACUAUGUGGAAGAGUCCGGUUGA